UAAAGAUCAAAGGCUCGAAGAUAUCUCUUACCUCAACUUCGAUCUCCUUCGUCGGAACCCCCUUUUUCUUUUCUCUACACCUUUAUUAUAUCGGUUCGAAAAUGCUUCUUUACGAAGACAUCAUCUCCGGCGAUGAGAUGUUUUCCGAUGCGUUCCCCAUGAAACUUAUAGACAACAUCGCCUAUGAAGUCGAUUGUCAGAUGAUCGUAGUCAAGGAGGGCGAUGUCGAUAUCGGUGCUAACCCUUCAGCUGAAGAACAGGAAGAGGUACUCGAGGAAGGAGCGGUUAAAGUCAACAACAUCGCCCAUUCCUUCCGUCUUCAAGCCACCGUCUACGAUAAAAAAGCAUAUCUUUCUCAUCUCAAGGGUUACAUGAAGGCUGUAGCGGACAAAUUGGCAGAGAAGGGAGAUCCUAAUGCUGUCACUGAAUUCAAGGCCAAAGCAAAUGACUUUGCCAAGAAGAUAGUCGGUAAUUUCAAAGACUAUGAAUUCUACAUUGGCGAGAACAUGAACCCUGAUGGAAUGGUAGCCCUGUUGAACUACCGGGAGGAUGGGGUUACCCCCUACUUCACCUUCUGGAAGCACGGUCUCAAGGAAGUCAAACUGUAAUACUUAUGUUGAAUCAAUGCCUCCCGCCAUUUAUAUUAGAGCAAUCAUACGAAUCUGCUCCACUUUG